AUGGGACCCGAAGCUAUGGUUCCAGAAUGGGCAUCGGAGCCUUGCAUAAUGGGAAUCGACGAAGCCGGAAGAGGUCCCGUUCUUGGUCCUAUGGUCUAUGGCUGUUUAUACUGUCCUCUCUCCUACAAGAAAACCCUAGCUACUUUGAGUUUCGCUGAUUCUAAGACUCUGAAGGAAGAGAAGAGGGAGGAAUUAUUUGAAGCUUUGAAAGGCAACGAUCUUUUGGAGGAACACUGUACAGCACCUAUUAGAGUUGUGGCGGUUUUGAACAGAAGAAUAUGUGGCGGCUGCAACCAGGAGAUAAUCUAUGGAAAUUGUUUAGGUUGCAUGGAUACUUAUUUUCAUCCAGACUGCUUUCGAUGCCACUCGUGUCGCUAUCCCAUUACCGAGCGCGAGUUUUCUUUGUCAGGGAAGCAUCCAUAUCACAAGUCUUGUUUUAAAGAGUUGACUCACCCGAAAUGUGAAGUUUGCUUCCAGUUUAUUCCAAUAAAUGCUGCUGGUUUGAUUGAGUAUAGAUGCCACCCCUUUUGGUCUCAAAAUUAUUGUCCAUGUCAUGAAUAUGAUAACACAGCACGUUGCUGUAGUUGUGAAAGAUUGGAGCCUCGGAAUACGAAAUACUACGGACUCGAAGACGGGCGAAGCUUGUGUUUAGAGUGCAUGGAAUCUGCUAUAAUGGAUACUGGUGAUUGUCAGCCUCUAUACCAUUCGAUCAGAGAUUAUUAUGAAGGAAUGCAUAUGAGAAUAGAUCAGCAAGUUCCCAUGCUUCUUGUUGAGAGAGAAGCACUUAAUGAAGCUAUUGUUGGAGAGAAAAAUGGAUUUCAUCAUUUGCCAGAAACAAGAGGUUUAUGCCUUUCAGAAGAGCAAACUGUCACAAGUAUACACAGAAGGCCGAGAAUUGGAGGUCAUCGAUUUAUAGGGAUGAGAACUCAACAUCAAAAACUGAUAAGAAAAUGUGAAGUUACAGCAAUUCUUGUUCUUUAUGGUCUACCAAGGUUACUAACAGGUGCUAUACUUGCUCAUGAGUUGAUGCCCUAG